AUGUGUGGCUGGUGCGACUGCCCGUUCAGUCCCGUCGAAACCCGUCCGGUCAAACCAUCACACCGACAGUCUGCCAUCAAUAUCGGCGCCAAGGAAAAGCCUGACCAUGCUUAUCAUUUCGGAGAGCCAAUAUCGGCUGCGCCGAGGACCCGGUCGGACACGCCUGCAGCAGCAGCUUUGGGCUGCGCCACCCGUCGACCAAAGCCUUCAGAGUCUCCCUUUCCCCAGCACCGACAGCAACAGAAGCGGGCAAGAAGACCUGAGCAAGGACACCCACAGCUCCGGGGUGGUCGGAUGCCCAAUGCUCUCACCGUUCAAGGAGGCGUUUGCACGAAGAGCGGCGGGACCACCGAAGGGCCCCCUUUCCGACAGCAGGGGGAGAGACAAGCGGACCAAAUGGAUCGUAGCGUCGACGCCUCUGCACGGAGUCACUUGGCACUGCAGCAGUCGCCGGAUUAUCGCGCAUCUGAUUAAAGGUGAUUCUAAGUUUGAAGCGCCGCUGCCCAUGCAGAAGCCAGUGGGAACAGGCAGUGGCUGCUUCAAAGCUACCCGGGAACCUCCUUUGAGCUAUACGUUCAAAGGUUCGCUGUGGCGCACUUGACCCCCUCAGCAAACGAGCAGCAUGGCAAGUCUUCUUUUGCCCUCGUCCAUCAGCGAGGUGGCCCCCCAGAGACGCUCUUGCUCGGGCUGCGAUGCAGGGUACAUAAGAAGUUCUGUUCGUUCUCGUCGGACAGUAAUUUGCUCGUUCACCAUCAGAGCACCUCAGUCAGCCCCGCACUCAUUCAUUU